CAUCUCGCCAUUCUGCAAACUCCCAAUUGAACCUGGAGUUUCCAGUCUGUACAUUCUUUCCCACUAUCUAAUCUUUUGCUCUUUAUCGCAACAGGCUCUCAUCUGAUUCUCACGAUCCCUUUUUACCUUCACGUUCCGCCUGCACCGGGUGUUCUCUACCUGGGUUCUUCGAAAGUCAAAAGUCUUAAGUCCACCUUGCUCUACCGACCCUUGAACGGGCCAUCGCUGGCCAACUCACAAUAUGAGGCCGGCAUUGCUGGCAUGGGCGCUAGCCGCCGUAUUCACAACAUCUUUCGCGGCGCCGCCGGGUUCGCCGAAAGGAAAUGUGUUAUCGGACGAUGCAGUCUCCGGGGAGACUCCUGCCGAGGGAGGAGAAGCGAUCGAUUACACAGUUUUCAAUGGAAUCAAGGUACCCCCAAUGGCGGAGAUAGAGGGCGGCAAGUUCGAAGAGACGGUAAAAGAUGGCUACUGGUGGGUUAAACACUACUCACCCUAUUGCGGGCAUUGUAAAGCCAUCGCACCACAUUGGCAGACACUUUACGAAUUCUAUGCGACAUCCGACCCUCUUGACGGACUGACAAAGUCUGGUCAGCCAGAUCUCUCCUCUCCAAACAGCUUUCACGGAUACUACAAUUUCCAUUUCGCUUCUCUGAACUGUAUAGCGUACGGCGACGUCUGCGAAAAGCACGGGGUGCGCGCAUGGCCGACGUUUCUCCUCUACAAAGACGGCGAGCUUGUUGAGAAAUACACUGGGGAAAAAUCUAUGGAGGCUUUCAGCAGCUAUGUCGAAGAGAAACUCGAACAAAUCAAACCCGGUUCUAGGCCACGAGAAGGCGUCAAGGUGCCCAAGGCUGGUGCUAAAAGUGUAGACCGUGGAGCUUCGCCUGAGGUACCUGUUGCAAAGGAUAAGGACACCGCCGCAGGUGUUGCUGCAGGAGCCAAGCAGAACAAACAGCACCCGGCCGAGACAACUUCUGCGAUGUUGGCAUCUGAGACUGCGAGACUGGGCCGUCAGAACAGUCUCAAGUCAGGACUCAUGGCCAACCCCAAAGGUGCUUCUGUCGCAUUGACCCCAGAGUCGUUCCAGAAACUUGUCACCACGUCUCAGGAUCCUUGGUUCAUCAAGUUUUACGUUCCCUGGUGUUCUCAUUGCCAGCAUCUUGCGCCCACCUGGUCCGAACUAGCUCGCGAGAUGGAAGGCAAGCUAAACAUCGGAGAGGUCAACUGCGAACAGUCUCCUCGCCUUUGCAAGGAUGCCAAGGUCAGCGGAUACCCUACCAUCUACUUCUUCCGAGGUGGAGAACGAGUCGAGUACGAAGGACUGAGAGGCUUGGGCGAUCUCCUUUCCUUCGCCAACAAAGCUUUGGAUAGUGAGGUCAAGUAUGUGGAUGCCAACGACUUCAAAGAAAUGGAAGAGACCGAAGAAGUGAUCUUUGUCUAUUUCUUUGACGAUGCCACCACUUCUGAAGAUUUCGCAGCGCUGGACCGCCUGACUCUGAGCUUGAUCGGACAUGCCAAAAUUGUCAAGACAGACUCAGAGAUCUUAGCCAGCCGCUUCAAGAUCUCGACAUGGCCUAGGUUGCUUGUUUCUCGUGAUGGACGGCCGACAUACUACAACGCUCUCGCUCCCAAAGACAUGAGAGACUUCCGACGUGUCCUGACCUGGAUGCAAUCGGUGUGGCUGCCUCUAGUGCCCGAAUUGAGUCCUGCGAAUGCAAGAGAAAUCAUGGCAGGCCACUACGUUGUUAUGGGCGUUCUAAGCCGCGAUCGACCAGACGAGUUCUUGCAAUCACGACGUGAGCUCAAGAACGCGGCUCUUGAAUGGAUGGACAAGCAAACCCAGGCUUUCCAGCUAGAACGGCAGGAACUGCGAGACUCGAAGCAGCUCCGUAUCGAGGAGGCCGAAGAUCGCAAUGACCAGCGAGCUUUGAGACAGGCCAAGAGUCGUGUCAUCAGUAUCACCGAAGAGUCAUUCCGUAAACAAGUCAGCUUCGCGUGGGUUGAUGGUAUUUUCUGGGAGAGAUGGCUGCGCUCGACCUAUGGCGUCGACGUGUCGAAAGGUGAACGUGUGAUUAUUAACGAUGAAGAUAACCGACGAUAUUGGGAUGUCACGGACUCGGGAGCAUACAUUGUGCCUUCCCGAACUUCGAUCCUUGAGACCUUGAACAGAAUCAUUGCCAAUCCACCCAAGCUUACGCCAAAGUCAACAAUUGGCACGUUUGAGAAUGUUUUCUUUCAAAUUCGAAACUUUGGCACUUAUCAUCCUUACUUUUCUUUUGCCAUCCUGAUCGUCAGCGUGGUCAUGUUGCUUUAUGUCUUGAAGAAUGGAACCACUAUUAAGAGGAACCUCAGCCGGAACAGCAGCGGCUACUUCCAUCUCGAUGGCAAGGAAGGCUUGCUGGGAGGUUCGAAUGGGAAAGCCGAUUAAGCCAUCGCGGGAGUGGGAGAGUCUUGGGAUUUUCUUCACCUUGGCGGUAAUGAAACAGAGCAGACGGUUUGUACGACGAAAACCGGUGCACUUCCCAAGGGGAAUAUCAGGUCUCUCGUCAGAUUCACGUUCUGAAUGGCUGGAGGCUAGGGGUCUCAACAUGAGGCUUUCUUUUGUAUAUGUACAGUGCAUGGCGAUGGCGUUUUUCGGCUUGGGGUCUAUACAGUGGUGAAUCCAUUGAAUUGAAUUGAAUUGAAUUAAAUAAGUAUAAAAGAUAUUGGGUUCUUGAGACAUUACCU